AAAGAAAUAGAAGCAGUGGCUCUUUAAUGGGGAGAGAGAAAGAGAAAGUGUGGAGCUUUGAAUAAGGCAGAAAAUCACUUCUUACCAAAAACCCAAUUUCUCCAUUCCUUGCUUGGCAUCUGCUUUUGCUUUUUCUAUCAGCCAAAAGCUUAAUCUGCUGAUUGAGCUCUCGGCUACUGUUGCUUCUCAGCGGUUACCUCUGAGGCCGAGAGGAGAGGUGAGGGAUAGUCUCUGGAACACAUGGAUCAGAGGCACUCAACCAAUGCAGUGAACCAUAAAAAUGGCCACUAUGUUCCUAUUGGUGGUCCGGAGGACCCAGAGUUGGAAAAGUUUGACAAACCACUUCCCUUUUGCGGUUGUGGAAUUGGAUGGUUUUCACUUCUGCUUGGAUUUGUAUUUCCAGUGAUGUGGUACUAUGCUGCAUUUCUAUACUUUUGGAAAUAUUAUGAUAAAGACCCAAGGGAACGAUCAGGGCUUGGUGCUUCAGCAGUAGCUGCUUUUGUUUGUACAGUUGCUGUCUUGGUAGCUGUAACUGUCAUUGUUACCAAAUCCUUGCUGCCAUAACAGUGGCAUCAUAUAAAUAUCCCAAAGAUGAUGAUGUCUAGAUCCAUGUGUCAUCCUGUUAUCAUAUCAGCACAUGGAAUGUUAGGGUACUGGUUUCUGGAGACGUUCAGGCUUUGUGCAACAUUUACAGUAGCGUGCUACAGCUUAGUUCCCAUAGUGGGAUAUUUAUGUACAGAAAAGAUUGUAGAGAAUUAGUACUUAAAACAUAGAGAGAAACUUUCAUUUGACAUGCUUGCAUCUGUGAAGCAACUGAAGUCAAGUGCUAGAGGCUGGAACUUAGGAUUGGUUCAUGUUUAAUUAAUACUUGGUCCAUUGGUAAUUAUUGGCAGCAUACAAUUCGAUUCUGGUAUAUGUCCCCUAGUAUUCUUCUGGAAGGCCGGACAAUAGGGAUGGUCCUAUUACCAAGCAAUCUUCUGCAGAUCUGUGAGAAUCUGUCUUGAAAAUGUUGCUUUUGUUUGAUUGCAAGCUCCUAAAAAUCUCAUGUUGAUCGUGUUAU